AUGAAAAAGGACCCCCCCUCACUGGCCUUUGGCCCGGCAGGCCACCAGGCCGCCCAGCCGGCCCACCAGGCCCGGGCCGCCCCCCUCAGUCCCCAUAACCUCCCCCACCGAUGGGAAACCCUAGCCCAUCGCACCCACUCCCCCCACUACGCUCUCCUCCCCGAUCCGAUCUGGAUCGGGGCUUGCCUCGUCGCCCCUGACGCCGCGCGUCGCCGCACCGCCGACGCCCGUCGCUCCGACUCGUCGGGCCACCUCGCCGCUCGUCGAACGCCUCCCCGCUGCGCCCCGACGACCAGGACUCGCCGCCCGGCGCUGCCCGACGUCGUCUUCCCCGCGCCCGUCGCCGGAUCGCCAAGCGCCGCGCCUCCUCAUCACCACCUCGCCGGACUGCCGCGCAGGAACGUCGUCCCCAUCCUCCUCCCCACGCCCCACUGCCCCGUGCCCUACAACCCCGGUGAGGCCCUCGGCCUCUCCCCGCACUCGUCGUCCGCCCGAUGCUGCCCCGUGGCCGCGGCCUCCUCCCCGCGUCGCGACUGGACCGGCGUCCCGCGCGCACCCACCGUGGCCGGGUCCUCGCACGCGCGCCUGCCCGGGGGCGCGCCCUGCCUCGCUCCGGGGCCACGCCCUGCCUCGCUCCAGGGACGCGCUCGUCGCGCCCGCGACCUCCCGUGGCCGCGCACGGAGUUCUGCUCCCCUGCGCCUGCUCCACCCCCUCCGCGCCCUGGCCGCACCCACCUGCGCCCAGCCGCGCGUGCCCGUCUCGCGCCACCGUGCCCGCAGCCGCCGGCCGGGUUCGCCUGCCCCGUCGCCUCGGGUCCGCCCGAUGGGCGCCUCGCCUGCAACGGCGCCGGCUGCCCAGCGCCCGCUCGGGUGACACCCGCACCCGAGCGCCCGAACCCGUUAAGGCCCCUGGCCCAAUGA